AUGCGAUACUCUCGAAGUCCUUCAAAGGAUCCUAAUGCAAGCUCUCAAUGUGGAACUCCUAACGAGUCUGUCAGCAAGUGGAAAAUACCGCAUUAUUAUCGUAGAUCAAGCGGCCAAAAUGUGACACCGGGUCCCGACAUGAGCACCAGCUACGCAGAAAGCCAAGUCACAAACAAUAAUAUCAACAUCAUGACGACUCCUAAGCAAGUACAGCUCCAGGAAACGGCUGCUCAGUCCAAAAAGAAAAGUACUAGGGGCAAGGGCAAGAAAGGUGAGAUGGUAUUUGUGAACUACACCGUGAAGGAUGCCAAACCCAUAGAUCCUACGCUAAAGAAAAAGAAGUCGCCCAAGAGCAGAAUGCUCAAAAUAUUCAGCAGUAGUAGCCAUCACAGCGACCGAAUGCGUAGUAUGCCCACAUUGGCAACAUCUACUGAUACCAUAGACACUCCUCCCUUAUCGAGCGCAUCAACUCCGUCAAGCGCAACUAAACGGUCAUAUGCGUCGUUCCUUAGGUAUGGGAGGUUGAAUUCAAGCACAACAGUGUCGUCUCCUGCAAGUGUUAUGUCUGAAGAGGUCGUUCCUCGUUCUGCACCGCUUCCAAGCAUGCAACGUCCGCAAUUGGGACGCUCUCUGAGUGCUAAUGUCUCGUUGGUUAAUAAUAACGGCCGCGCAUCGCUUUCAAUGGGUCCCGUUGAAAAUACCCAGUCUUUGAGAUGUAAUACAGCUCAAGCGGACUUCUAUAACGGAGAAGAGAAUGACGAUACUGACGAAGUUGAUCAUCAUUACCUGGACCAGUAUCAUGGCAUUCAAGGCAACGACUUCUCAAGGGCAGCCUCGGAGGAGUUCAACUCUUCAAAUCAUUUGCACGGUACUAAUUCUAUGCAUCAAUCUGACGAAAACGACGCCUCUAUCGCAUUUAGUAAGAUGUUUACCAGGAAAAGAGCCAACACAGGCGGGUCCAUGAGCUCGAUGGUUUCCAGUGGUACAUCAUCUAAUCUAUCAACCUUGCAUAGGAAUUUAUCCACAAAUUCUGUUUCCUCUUUGUCUAACCGUUAUUCUCCUAUCAGAACUGGUUCACCUGCAAGGCAGACAUCCAACUUACGUGGAUCUUCGCACCGCUUAUCCAGAGAACUUACAUCUUUACACAGCUCAACAGGGUUUCCGGUUGAUCUUGCAUUGGGCUUGGAAACAUAUUUGGAUACACAUACAAAGCAAAGACAAAAUCAUCGGAGAAAGCAAGAUUCCAUUUCAGACUUGAAUAAAUCUCAAGUUAACAUUAUGUCGUCACAAUACAAUGGAGCAGUUUCAUCCACGUCAUCUUCAUCGACUCCAGGAGUUAUUGAAAAUUCUAUAGGCCCCAAUAAUGGCACUUCAGUUGAUAGGAGCAACAGCACGGUUCUCUCAUUGGAACACGAGAGCUCGCUCGAGAAUGAUAUUUUGGAAGAACAGGAAGAAACUCCUCCUACUGGUGAUAUUCCUGCAAUCAAGGGAAUUCCAAGAAAUGUCAAAGAUGGCCAGGGGGAGGCGAUUUACGAUACUGCAUCCGGCACAAAUAUGAGCUUUAGCAGCGGCACAGUAAUUUCUUCUAUGACUAAUUCGCAAUCUACAUUGAACAGUUCUGCUAUAUCUUACGGCAAUAUAUCAUCUACAAAAACCGCAAUUGUUGAAUCUGGAAAUGUGAUGGCAGAUGCCGCCUUCCCAGAAAGUCAUUUUUCGAUGAAACUCGAAAACGAUCGGGAUGAUGAGUUCUUCAAUAUGUACAUGCAGCUCAAUCUUGAGGGCCAAGAGGAGUUUAUUACGGAUUGUGGCGCGAUAUCAAUGCCAGCUGAUAAUAGUUCAUCUCGUUUACUCGAAAAUGUUCAUGGCGAUACAUCUACUGUGACGUCCUUGUUGAAUAAUUCACCAGCAACUAUCACUACUGGAAAUAACAUCAAUAUCACAAGCAAUUUACAAGACGAAUCUAAUGCUAACGAGCGUCUUCAUAACAACUUCACCAAUCGCAUCAUGCAUGAUAUUGACCAAAUUGCACAAUCUUUAAAUGUCGGAGAGGCUGAUAGGGAAAGGUCACAAUGGUAA